GCAAAGUUCGUUGCUCUUUGCUCAAUCAUCCUCAUCACCCCUCUCCCGCAUCGCCUGUGGCCCCAGGGUUUGUAGCCGCCUUCCAUGACUUAUUCGACAGGGACUCGUGCUGCUGUAUCAUUGGAUUUCCUGGUUGUCGGCGGAGGGCUCGCUGGGUUAUCUACUGCGUAUGCUCUUGUUGCGUCUGGACACCGAGCGCGCGUUCUUGAAAAGACUCAGGGUUUGGGCAUUCGUGGGGGAGGAAUUCGUGUCCCUCCAUGCGUAUCAAAGAUCCUGAUGGACUGGGGGUUGGGGCCGCAAUUAGAGGAGAAGGGCUCGAGAUGUCGAGGAACAGUGAUCCAUUACUUGAAGAAUGGUGAACUUAUUUCACCUCUGACAUGGCAGGAGACCGUGAUCAAGGAAUGCGGCUCACCGUUCUACAUGAUGCUGCACCAGGAUCUAUACGAGAUGCUCUACCAUCUAGCGCUCUCUGUGGGCGUACAAAUCGAUCUGAACGUCGAGGUCGUGUCCGUUACAGUUCCAGACCAGAGCUCCUCCGACACCGACUCUGACUCUGACUCAACGCCCAUAUAUCCAACAACGUUUGCGAACGAGCGCACUACCUCCCCAAUGUAUUCGGCCUCCACCUCGGGCGGUGUUAUGCCCGGUACCAACGGGCGUGUAAAUGGCGCUUCUCGCAAUGAGUCGAACUGCUCUGGCAAACCACGCGUCACCUUGGCCAACGGAACGAUCUUGGAGGCAGACAUCAUCAUUGGCGCGGACGGUCCACAUAGCAUAGUCAAGGAUGUCGUGGUGGAGGAAGAAGCGGACGCUACUUUGGAGUGGACAGGAAGUAACUGUUACACCGGCCUGGUACCCAUGGACGAGAUGAUGAGUGACCCAGGCUUGCGGGAGAUUGUUGAGUGUGGAUGGCCGAUGUGGGCGAGUGAUGGAAAAAGUGUGAUGGGUUAUCCUAUCCGUGGCGACAAGGACUAUAACGUUCACAUAUGGUGGAGAGAAGCGGACCCAUCGAAGGAAUAUCCUGAAGGAUGGGCGCUGGAGGAACCCUCACGAGUCCUCGGAGUAGACCAUAUGGAGCUUGAUCCACGGCUAAGAACUCUGUUCUCGCGGAUGCAAGGUUUAUGCAGAAUGAAAUGGAGAGAAGGGCCCGGAACGGAACUCGAAGAGUGGGUGAACGAGACUCAGCAAGUCGUACUCGUCGGGGAGGCCGCACAUGUCAUGCUGCCCGCUGGUUCACAUGCUUGCACCUUGGCCGUUGAAGACGGCGCUGUCUUGGGCAAACUUUUUGCUCGUCUGAAAUCACGCGACCAGAUCGGUAUUUUGCUGAACGCAUACCAAGAAAUCCAACAACCGCGGUCUGUGCUUCUACAAAAUGCUGACAGGUCAUCCGCAGGAAGCCUGCUCCUUCCAGAAGGCCCCGCUACGGAGGGGCGUGAUGCUAUGAUGCGUCUGGCAAACAGCCAGAGCGAGGAUCAUUGGGACGACAGUGAGUUGGCGGGUGCGUGGGGAGAUAUAGGCGCUGUAUGGGGCUACAACGCUAUCGAGGCAGCGGAUGAUUGGUGGGUUCAGUGGGGCUUGCUGAGGGAGAGAGCUAUGGGCAGGGAGGUUAACAUGCUGGGCCACACUCUGAGUGGCCUGAGCGUCACAAUUACUUGAUUCCAGACAUACUAUACUUGGAUAUAUCGCUCACUGCUGGAUUCAGGACCGUAAAUCCCUUCGCAACUAGCUGUGCUGUAAUGCUUUCAUAUGGAACGUUUCUUGCUCGAUGUACGAAACAUCAUUCAGAUUUUUGUCAAUACCUGUAUAUACUAAAUAUGUACGAUGCCGAUACCAUCUAGAUGCGACCUGCC